AUGUUGCUUGUGAAGCCUCCUGUGUUCAUCUUCCUUUUCACCUGUAUCCUCCGAAUCGGCCACACCUGGUCAGUGAACAAUUUCCUGAUGACUGGUCCAAAGGCUUACCUGAUAUAUUCCAGCAGUGUGGCAGCUGGUGCCCAGAGUGGUAUUGAAGAAUGCAAGUAUCAGUUUGCCUGGGACCGGUGGAACUGCCCUGAGAGAGCCCUGCAGCUGUCCAGCCAUAGUGGCCUUCGCAGUGCUAAUCGGGAGACAGCGUUUGUACAUGCCAUCAGCUCUGCUGGGGUCAUGUACACUCUGACUAGAAACUGCAGCCUCGGGGAUUUUGACAACUGUGGCUGUGAUGACUCCCGCAAUGGGCAGCUGGGGGGCCAAGGCUGGCUGUGGGGAGGCUGCAGUGACAACGUGGGCUUCGGAGAGGCAAUAUCCAAGCAGUUCGUCGAUGCCCUAGAGACAGGACAGGAUGCCCGGGCCGCCAUGAACCUGCACAACAAUGAGGCCGGCCGCAAGGCGGUGAAGGGCACCAUGAAACGCACGUGUAAGUGCCACGGCGUGUCCGGCAGCUGCACCACGCAGACCUGCUGGCUGCAGCUGCCUGAGUUCCGCGAGGUGGGCGCGCACCUGAAGGAGAAGUACCACGCGGCUCUCAAGGUGGACCUGCUGCAGGGUGCCGGCAACAGUGCGGCCGGCCGCGGCGCCAUCGCCGACACCUUCCGCUCCAUCUCCACGCGGGAGCUGGUGCACCUGGAGGACUCCCCGGACUACUGCCUGGAGAACAAAACGCUAGGAUUGCUGGGCACCGAAGGCCGAGAGUGCCUGCGGCGGGGGCGGGCCCUGGGCCGCUGGGAGCGCCGCAGCUGCCGCCGGCUCUGCGGGGACUGCGGACUGGCGGUGGAGGAGCGCCGUGCCGAGACCGUGUCCAGCUGCAACUGCAAGUUCCACUGGUGCUGCGCCGUCCGCUGCGAGCAGUGCCGCCGGCGGGUUACCAAGUACUUCUGCAGCCGCGCCGAGCGGCCGCGGGGGGGCGCGGCGCACAAACCCGGGAGAAAGCCCUGAGGGUCUCCUUUCUCCCUUCCUUUCCCCAUUUGUCCUUGGCUUCUUUUAGAGACCCCAGUAAUACAGGAACCUAGGGAACGCCCCCCCCCCCCCCACAUUCCCCUGCCCAGGGAUCCCAAGAGGGAGAGACGCUUCAGUCUCUCCAGAGCUUGCCACUUUCCACCCCUUUCCUAGCUCUUUGCUCUCCUCCAGUCCAUCAUCACCCUGCAUCAUCCUCACGGUCCACACUUAGGUCUGAGG